GGCAGAUUGUCGCUGUGCAGUCAUUCUAAUGCAAAAUAACGAUCAACGAAAAUUAUUAAUAAUAAAUAAGUUCAAACUCUUAUAAAUAUUUUGUGACAGCCUUUGCCACGAUAACAGUACGAUCAGUUUGUCAUAUGCAGUUGACUUCGUACUGAGUGAAAGUCGACAAAUUUUGACUGCGAAAUUCCUGUAUAUUUUUUAAGUGCUAUCUAUAUUCUACUGAGUACGUGUAUUCAAAAAGCUAUCAAGUUGGGUUUUUUAAGCUUGGUUUUUUUAAGACUCCAGAUUGAAUCAUGACAGAAAAUUUGAAUUAUUUCAACAAAUUGGCGAAGAAGGUGAAAAAGACAGCGAAUAUUUCCAACACGCGAAAGAAACAGGCAAGAAAUGGCAAGGAAACGACGCCGCAAAUUUGGAGUGAGUAUGUUAAGAACUUUUGGCGCCGAUUACAUAGACCGGGUUAUUAAGCUAAAGGUGACCAGGCAACUUCUCAAUUGCAAUUACAUGGACAGGGUUAGUCCGGUAAACAGGGCUGAAAAAAUGAGCCGAAUUGAGAUCGAUGUAAACUAGACUAUCUUGAGAGUUUCGGAUCGGUUGAUUUGCUUUCCACAAGAAGUCCAAUUUUGAGUCCAAAGCCUCAGAAUGUGCGAUUAAUUUUCUGUUUUAUUUAUUAAACAUGAAAAAGCGUACUUAGAAAUGAAAGGAUUCGGAAAUAUUACUGAUGUCAAGCCAGUAGCCAAGUUUAAAUCUCUCUCAUGGAAUAAUGCGACAAUUACACCACAUUUUCAGAUGCGGUUUUUAAGAUUUUAAGGUAAAUUGGAUUCGUGAAUGUUGCGCAACAGCAAUUAGCCCGCAUGCGACAUAUUUUCAUAAUUUCGAAAGGGGAACAUCUCCUAUAUAAAUAUAUAUUAUUUUCUUAAAAUACGUUAAAAAAUAAGUGUAGUGGUCUUUGCAAGCUUUGCGCAAUAUUUGCGUGUGUUGUUUACAGUGGUUGUUUAUCAUGAAAUACAUUGGCUCAUUUCAAAUCGCUAAUGAGAUCUGCAUACUAAAUGCAGCCACUGUUUACAGCGGUACUUACUGGGGGGAGGGGGUAAGCAGUGGGCGACCGCCCGUCAAGAUAUUCUCAAAAUCUGACUGAUUAAAGCCUGAUACCCUUUUAGUUUAAUAAUAAAGCGUUAAUCCUGCCGCACACUAGAGAAACUUGCCGAGCUAACUGCCUCAAAUGGCGUCUAGCUCAACACGUUUCUCGUGAGGAUUUAACCUCUCCUUGGAAAGGUCUUCAAGGCUUGCAACUAGUUCAAUAUGAUAUCAAUAGGUCCAUGUGCAAAACCAAGCCUGACUAUGUAUGUACUGCGAAGUGCUUUUAACAAAAUAUUCUAUUCUCAAUUGUUUCAGCUCUGGAAACAAUCCUGAAGGAAUACGAGGUGUUCGCUAAUAUCUGUCAUGGGGGAAGCGCAAAUGUCUACGCCGCCAGAAGACGAUCUGAUGGGGUGCCGGUGGGUGAAUUAAAAUGAUAGAUCAAUAUUGGGGGGGGGGGGGGUGUCUCCACUGACAUUGAAGAGCGCAUAUUUUAACUUGCGAAAUGGAUCUCGUGUUUUGAAUAAAGAUGUCAAUCAAUCAAAUAUGUAAGCUAAAAUUCUUCAUUCUUUCUUGACCAGGUUGCACUGAAGGUUAUCGAGAAAAGUAAACUGGGAAGUUUCGUUGAGGUAAUUUUAAAAUAAAAGAUCGAUUCUUCGUACUGGCAUAAAAGCGACAGACUGAAUAUUAAACUAUCUAACUUUCCUACAGGAAAAUGGCAAACAGAUCCCAACUGAAGUUUUCCUACACAAAAGUCUCCAACAUAAAAACAUUAUCGAGUUACUGGAAUACUUUGAAUGUGGUCAAUCUAUAAUACUUAUUCUAGAGAGGCCCGAAUCGUACAUCGACCUUUUUGACUUUAUAAGUACGCAAGACUUUCUCUCGGAAAAUAUAGCACGAAAAAUAUUUCGCCAAGUCUUGGACGCGACCGUGUACUGUGAACUGAAAGACGUUUUUCAUCGCGACAUAAAAGAUGAGAAUGUUAUAAUGGAUUUAAAAACGGGCGAGGCAAAGCUGGCAGACUUUGGGUCUGGUACCCAGUUACACAACUUGGAAUAUACGGAAUAUGAAGGUAUUACUAAAGUCACCCCUGCCUAAGAUGGUUUUAUUUUGAAACUCGACGGGAAUUUCGUCUUCUUCUUUGCCUUAAAUCACUAAUGGUCGGAUAUGAUCAAAUGCGCCUUAUAUCAAGUGUUAUACGCUUACCUAAUUACAUACUUAGCCUAGACUAUUUUAUCUUUACAGCAAUUGUGAUAUUACUUUCUUAACUGUGUUUAUCCUAACCCACCCUGUCAACUUUCCCUGUGGGAGGAAACCGGAGCACUCGCAGAAAACCCACGACUUUCGGCAGAGCGUUGACUGACUCUUCUCACACGAGUCCAUAGCGAGAAUCGAAUCCACGAUCUCAGAGGCGCUUGCUAUGACGACCAAAAGCCCCGUGCAACAUUGUUAGCUGGUGUGUCCAAAGUUUUACGCAUGAAUUCUGCCCACUUUAGGUACGAGGUCGUACUGUCCACCAGAAUGGUACACCAACCAGCGGUAUUUUGCAAGACCUGCAACAGUGUGGUCACUGGGUAUUUUGCUGUACGAUAUGGUGUGCGGGGAUGUCCCGUUUGAAAAUGAGGAGGAAAUCAAGGAAAAAGAACUAACGUUUACUAUGUCAAUCUCCCAAGGUAAGCUACGACUAUUAUUAUCAUCUGAUAAAUAAAGUCUGACAGUGGCGAAGCCAGCCCGACAAUGGACCUUUAACCUUAUAACUAAAAUUUUGAUCUAAACAAGUCUAGACAAAAAUUUCAUCACAGCUUGAAAGAGCAUCACAAAAUUAGUAAUAUUCUAAAGUUUCGUUACGAAAUGUUGUAAAAUGCGGAUAAUAUAGCCCUGCGAAGUUUGGGAUACCCGAUUUGGGUAUCAAUUUCCCGUUUGUAAUCUAAAAUGACUGAAAAUUGCAAAUUUCGCAGGGCUAUAUUAUCCGCAUUUUACAACAUUUCGCAACGAAACUUUGGAAUAUUACUAAUUUUGUGAUGCUCUUUCAAGCUGUGAUGAAAUUUUUGUCUAGAUCAAAAUUUUAGUUAUAAGGUUAAAGGUCAUUUGGUCAUGUUAUGCAAAUAUUUUCGUGUUCAUAGGCCGUCAAUUUCUAAAGAAAUGAAUGAUAAUAAUUGAAAAUUGCAUUGCAUGACCAAAUUGUCGGGCUGGCUUCGCAAUAUAAUCUUUACUCUAAGACAAAGGCGACUAUAAUUUGCUUUCCUCAAGCAUUCUAGUACGCCGUAGUUGUUCAAACUGCCACUUGUUUACAUCAUUUUCGUCAUACUGAUUUAAAAAAACAUUAAUGGUAAUAAAUUAUUUGCCAUAUCCAUUCAUGGGUUUUACAAAUGGGGAUAGUAUCAUUUCCCAUCUUCAAAACCAUUAAUGUUUUUGUAAAAAAAUGUUAAAAAAAAGUCUGUCAACAUGUCUGUAAAUCGGUCGCGACGUGUUUAAAUUAGCCACAUUCUAUCAAGCAAAUGUUUCUUCCUAUGCAACUUAAAAGAUACAGCUUUCCACAUCUCUUCUAAUGCGUUCUAGAACGUUCUAAACACUAGAUAAUGAGACUUGUGUGUCCUCAUUACUGUCAUUAGUGAAUGCAAAUUUAAGCGGGAAGAGAGGGGUUGAUAAAUUUCUAUUCAAACAAUAUUUAUCCUUUCCCACCGAUAACUAGAAACUGUGUAAAGCCCUGGGCAAACUAGGAAACAUUGUUGUGGAAACAUUUGUGAUUCUCGAUAUUUCCUCAAAUGUUUCCCUGUUUGCCCACCCGUGGAAACAAUGUUGCGGAAACAAAAUUUGCUUCCCGAGAAGCAAAAUGGUUCCUAGCGAAUUCAGAAACAUUUGAUGUUUCCUAGUGUUUACCCACUCUGGGAAACAUGGCGAAACAUUGGUAGGAAACAAUGUUUCCUAGUUUGCCCAGGGCUUAAGAACCUCUUCCGCUAUGUCACCCACACCACAAUAUAUUUCUGAUUUUUAAAAUUUUCCGGGGUAAAAUGGAUCCCCCUGAUAUAGUGCCCCCCUAGCAGUGCCCUUUUUUGGCAACUGUAUUUACCUUAGGCUUAGGAUCAGGAUCAGACCCUUGAUUAUUUUUAUGUUAUAUUCGUAAAAGUAUUAUUAAGAUUCUCAGUGCUGCGGAAAUAAUUUUUUCUGCGGUUAAAAUAUAGCCGCAUGACAUCCAGUUUGAGAACUUGUUAGUGCCAUACAGUUACACUGUCCGAGUGUCGACUUUAAUUAUUUGCAGAACAUUUUCAACGUUCUUUUGCAAUUUCAGAAAGUAAAAUAUUUUUUCUAUCCCUGUUUAGAUGUCCAGAACCUUCUAACCACGAUGUUGGAUAAAGAUCCUCAGAGGAGACCAACGAUAAAAGAUAUCUUAAACCACCAAUGGACGAAAGAUAACAAAAACAACGAGUGAUCACUUUAAAGAACUCGCUGCACCAAGCAUGCGAUGGUGAAGAAUCUUUUUGUGAUUGAGGAAUUUAAGGAGCAUAGGAAUUUCAACCACGACAAACACGGAAUUGAGAUUGCAGAAUUGCAUGUUGCUGUUGCGAUCAAUUAUAUGCAUGUCACACCACGCAACAAAUGCAAAAUAUUUUGACAAUGACCAGAACAUCCUUAAGUAUCCUUAAGUACAGAGCAUCCUUAAGUACAGAGCACCUUAAGUAUUCCGAAUAGAAGUGAGUGCGCGGGGAGUGAUGGGAAGAGGCACAAACGAUUAUGUGAAUUGUGUACAUAAUAAAAUUUUAAACAUCCUUGUGUAAUUACUUGAAAAUUUGGUAAAAUUACUAAAAACACUGAUCGAACACUGCCAAUGAGCAAUAAAUUUCGAUUGUCGAUACGUGAGGAACCAAAAUGAAGCUUAUAUAUCUACACUAUAAAUCACUCUGUUGUGAAUAAAUAGAACGUAUGUAUAUAUGUACUAUACUAUAUUAAUAAAAUAUUAUUCCAAUUGGAUUAUCAGAGUUGGGCUCCAUCGAUUAACAGAUGUGUCUGCAAAUGUUACGCAACAAAUAUAGGAAUCUUUGUGUAUUGUAAAUUGUAGCAAUAUUAUUUCUUACAUUACUGUUCCAUAUAAUAAAACAUGUACUGCCUAUACGAAAACCAUACUAUAUACACUAGAUAGUGCAUCUAAUUAUUCUGCAAUUCAAAAAUUGAAGCCGUGAUUGCAGACUCAGGAUAUUCCCAUGAAACGAGAAGACUCGUAUGUUUUAGUUGUAUUUCUUAAACAGGGAACUUAAACAUUAUUCAUUAAGUUAAACCUAUUCCAAAUACAUUUUCAAACUAUUCAAAUGAUGGAAGUUAUUGUUGUUUUUUAAGCGUUUAUUAGCGAGUGGGAAACUCCAACAUGGCCCCCAUCUAUUCAAAUGGGGGUAACCGCUGGAAUAUUCUUGGCUUCAAUUUUACUAAAAGAGAUGCGCUAUAUAUAAGAUAUCUAUGGCGAAAACGAACGAUUUUCUUCCAGAAGGUACCAAAUGAAUUUCCCCAUAAAAUAAACCACUUCUUUCGAACGAGAACGAACCGUUUCCACCUUCGUAAAACAACGAGUCGUUUAUUUCUACAUACGCGUAGGCAACUCAACUACAUCUAACAGCUCAUUGAUCGUUUUCUGUACAAUCCCGGGCGUUUUACGCGGUUACAUAAUAUAUACAGUAGACCUGGGCUAACCCUCUUACAGUAUGUACAUACGCAACUUUACUCGCGGCGUCUUUCUCACAUUGCUGAGAAAUGAAGAGAUUGCGGAAGCU